AUGGCACCUUAUGAUAUUGGCCAAAAUUCGGACGGAAUAUUUAGCUCCGACGGCCCGAUCCUUCCGCCUCCAACUGAGUUGCAAUCAGAAGAAGGCUUCGCUCUUCACGAAUGGCGGAGGCUGGCCAAGAAUCUUUCAGAUCUAUCACUAGAUCGUAUUACAGAGGAGCAGCUGGGGUGUGAUACUGUUUUUGUGACACCAACAGCUCGAACAAUUGACAUUUCUCAUGCAUGGGUUAUGAAAAAUGCAAUUACGCUGGUGGUCUCUCCUGUGACCUGUGGAAGCAUUACUGAAAUGCUUAGGAAUUAUGUCCAUACAACUAGAGAAUUGUACCUAUAUGGAGAAGGACAUGAUUGUGGUGGUGGUUUUAUGGCGGUGGAAGUUCAAAGCAGGAUUCGACAGUUUUUGAUGUCGACGAAAACGUUUGGAUAUAGUAACGACUUUUGUUCUUCAUCGAUUUUGGCACCGAUCGGAGGCGGAGAUGAGGUUGUCUCGCUGUUGUCAAUGGAGGAAAUUGGAGAUGGUAAUGGAGAGGUUUGGAGGGUUUUCAAUUUGGGAGAAAUGAAUGAGUUCUGA